AUGGAACGACCGCCAUCUGCUUACAGCCUGCCUCAAUCUAUACGCUCGAAGAUUCCGUCUGCGUCUCAUGUCGCUCCACAAGAGGAAGGAACGAGGAUACUUGUGACUUUUGAGUCAGGGGAAAAAUCAAACCCGCAGAACUUUCACCCUGCAUAUAAAAUAUGGCUUACCACCCAGAUGAGCCUCUUGGCUUUGGCUGGUGCUUUGGGCUCAUCAAUUUUGUCCUCAGCCAGUGCGGAAAUUGCCGAAUAUACAGGGGUAAAAUCAGAGGUCACCUCUCUCACUGUAGCCCUGUUUGUUCUAGGUUGGGCAUUCGGUCCCUUACUCUGGGCACCUAUCAGUGAGGUCUAUGGUCGUCGAAUCGGGAUGCUUCCCCCAUUUUUGGUGAUGGGCUGCUUCACCAUCGGUACUGGGUUUAGCAGGAAUGCUUCUAGUAUUCUAUUAACACGAUUCAUUGGGGGAAUCUUUGCAUCGGCACCGAUCAGUAAUGUUCCUGCUGCGUUGGGCGACAUGUGGUCUCCAGAGGUUCGAGGUAUCGCAAUGGCAUUCGUCUCCAUCUGCAUCUCAGGCGGUCCAACCCUAGGCCCAAUCAUUGGUGCGGCGGUAGUUAGUCGCCCAGGUAUGGACUGGCGCUGGACGGCAUACAUCGAGGCUAUCAUUGUAAUUUCGCUUUGCCUAUUGUCUUUCUUCUGUCUCCCCGAGACCUUUGCGCCAGUUCUUCUCAAGCACAAAGCGGAGGAGCUGCGCAAGAGCACGGGGGAUCAGCGAUAUUGGCAUCCACAUGAAAAGGAGAAGAUUAAUGCGGGCAAUUUGAUGACGAAAUAUUUUGGCCGUCCAUUAAGGAUGCUUGUGACGGAGCCUCUAGUGACUUGUAUGGCAUUCUACGCUUCUUUCACUUACAGCUUGAUCUACUUAACUCUUGAGAUAUUUCCGAUAGUCUUUCGAGAGGAACGACAAUGGUCUCUAAUGUCUUCCUCCUUGACGUUUCUAGGAAUUCUCAUAGGUGUUAUCCUCGCCGCCCCAAUGAAUUUCCUUUUCCAACCUUAUUACAAAAGGGCCGUCAAGAGAAAUCAGGGAAAGGCCGCUGCCGAAGCUCGCCUGCCGCCACUUGUAUGUGGUGGUGUCCUUCUCACGACUGGCUUAUUUUGGUUUGCGUGGACGGCAGCUUCUAAGUACCCAUGGCCUCUGCCAGUGGUCGCAGCAGGAUUUAUUGGGGCUGGCUUCACUUUAGUCUUCCAACAAUGUUUGAACUUUCUCGUCGACACAUACGGACCUUACGCGGCAAGCGCUGUCUCUGCGAACACUAUCCUCCGGUCUGUGCUCGCUUGCGCUCUACCUGUUGCGGCAGCACCGAUGGCUCAUACCUUGGGAAUUGGUCCAGCAAUAAGCCUUCUCGGUGGGGUUUCCUGCCUAGCACUUCCAGUUCCAUUGUUGUUCAUGAAAUAUGCGCCGAUUCUUCGACGGAAGUCGAAUUUUGCUGUGGAUGAUAGCGAUUAGCACUAGUACUAUCGAGGCAAGGAAUCAC